AUAUUUCAAUCCUAUUUUUCCGCCUCUCCACAUUUUUAUUUUGUUUUUCUUUUCUUUAUUCCGCCUUGAGUGUUUAAAGUCAUGCAAAAUAUAAAUUCAGAGGCGAAUUAUUACAGGAAUCGACCAGAAGCACCUUCCUGGAGUUCUGUUUCAUCACGUGAAACUAAUGUACAACAACAACCAGCCAAAGAUCCAGAUCAAGAGAAACCACUGACCGCCUGGCAAAGAUUUAAGCAAAACAAGACUCGUGUGGCUCUUCUUGUUACACUGGCCACAUUAGUGUUACUAGCCAUCAUCAUUGUACCUAUUGUUGUCUGUGGUAUUGUAACAAAGGAACAGAAUAAAGAAACACCUCGCAUGAUUACGCCUACUUCGUCUGAUUAUCGAGACCCUUUUGAUGAUUCUGCAAGGCCCAAUAAUUUCACACCACCACUCAACCAACAGUUUCGUUACACUCAGGACCCUGUACGAGGCAUCAAUUUAGGUGGCUGGCUGGUUCUAGAGCCCUUUAUUACGCCCAAGAUAUUUGAACAAAAGUUGAAUGAAACUACACUCAUUGAUGAAUGGGAGCUCUGUGAGGCACUAGGUCCUGAAGAAGCGAAGCGUCAGUUGACACACCACUAUGACACAUUUAUUACUGAAGCUGAUUUCAAAAAGAUUGCUGAAAUGGGUUUCAACCACGUCCGUAUUCCUACAGGUCAUUGGGCUAUUAAAGUAAUGGAAGGUGAACCUUUUGUUCCGUAUGUAUCAUGGCAGUACCUUCUUAAGGGUAUUCAAUGGGCACGUAAAUAUGGUCUUCGUGUAAUGGUGGAACUUCAUACAGCGCCUGGAUCACAAAAUGGCUGGAACCAUUCUGGCAAAUCAGGCCCUGUUGGUUUCCUAAACGGUACUCAUGGUGAAGAAAAUGCAGACAAAACAAUCAAAGUUGUGAAUGAAAUGAUUCAGUUUUUUACUAAGCCAGAAUGGUCGAAUGUUGUGCCUGUUUUUGGCGUAUUGAAUGAGCCUGCCAUGAUUAAAAUUCCAGAAAAAAAGGUUAGAAAAUGGUAUGAGACAAGUUAUGAAGCUAUCCGCAAGAUGCUUGGACCAGGAAAUGGCCCCUAUUUAACCUAUCAUGAUGGUUUUUAUCCUUUAAAGUAUUGGGAAGGCUUCUUUGGUCCUCAAAGAGAAAAGGCUAUUUUGGAAACUCACCUGUACCUGAUCUUCAACAAUGGUCUUGUCUCUAUGCCUAGAAGUCAACAAGUUGAGUUCCCAUGUACUGCAUGGAAAAACGAUCUUGAAAAUGCCUCCAAGAAUAUAUCUCCCACAUUAGUAGGUGAAUUCUCAGUGGCUACAAAUGAUUGCGCUAAAUAUUUGAAUGGUAUUGGCAUGGGUGCGCGUUAUGAUGGUACUCUGGGAGAUCCACCACAACCUGUAUGUCCAGAUUGUACAUGUCAAGGAGCAGAUGACUGGCAUAAAUUUACGGAUGAAUACAAGCUCUUCUUACUCAAGUUUAUGGAGAAACAGAUGGACGCUUACGAGACUAGUGCUGGUUGGUUCUAUUGGACUUACAAAACAGAAGAUCACAUCAAUCCUCAUUGGGACUACCUGCUUGCUUGGGAACAAGGAUUUGCUCCCAAAGAUGUGAAUGUUCGAGAGUAUUCAUGCAAGACAUCUAAAUCUUCUCCAGAAGAAGAAUAAUAAAACUUUUUAU